AUGGCAAAGAGCAAUUAUAGACUAUAUUGUGCUGUUCUUGGUUGCUUGAAUUCUUCAAUAACGCACCCAAAGAUAACAUUUUUUAAAUUACCUGGAAACGCCGAACGACGCCUUGAAUGGCUGCAACUGAUCUGUCGAAAUGAUUUAGAAAACAAACCUAAUUUUGCUGCCUACCGGAUUUGUGAAACACAUUUUAAUGUGGAGGAUAUACGACAAUCAUCAAAUCGAAAACUUUUAAAAAAUAAUGCCCUUCCAUUAUUGAUGCUGCCAAGCUUACCAAGUACCGUUCCAGGAAGUUAUCGGAAAGAAGACAAACAAACUCAAACGGCUCUGUUGACUGUAGUUGAAAAUGGUACACAGACUGAAAAUGCAGCGAAUGAAAGUUAUGCUCAAACCUCAACCAGUCUCUCUUCCAACACUCCAAGGAAAAGAAAAUUGAAGCCUGAAAUCCUCCAAUGCAGAAAGAAAAUAAAACUACAGGAAACUGAAAAUAAAACACAAAAAGCAGAAGAAAGUACUUUCCAUCAACUUUGCGAUAAAUUUUUGAACAAUAAACUAGUUCUCCUAAUAAAAGCACAAAGUACCUUAAAGCAACAUGGAAAAGGAUAUCGAUACGACCAGGACUACAUCACUUACUGCUUAAAUUUAUACUACAUCGGCCCACAAGCUUACCGGUUCUUGCAAAGUGCAUUAUGUCUUCCCUGUCCUUCAACAUUGUACAAACGUUCUUUCCCAAUCACAACUGAAAUUAAUGAAAAAGCUAUGUCUGUUCUUAAAAUGAAAGUUGCACAAAUGACAGAAGUAGAAAAGAAUUGUUCAGUUAUGAUUGGUGCUACGUCAUUAAAAACAAAUCUAUUCUUUAAUAUUAAAGAAGAUAAAAUUAACGGAUUCCAUGAGAUUGAAGGAUUGCAGUCUCCUGAACCAGCUAAAAAUGCGUUAGUAAUAAUGAUUCGUGGUAUAUUGGUGAACUGGAAACAGCCUGUAGCAUACGCAUUAAUCUCAGAAUGUCGAAACUAUGAUGUAAUAAAUAAAUGGAUUGAUAAAGUACUACAAAAAUUAUUCGAAAUUGGUCUUAUCAUCCGUAUUUUUGUGUCCGACCAAGGUUCAGAUUUAUGGAAAGCUUCCAAAAAAAGAAUAGUUUCUGUUGAAACACCUUAUUUUUUUAUUAAUAAUAGUAAAAUAUAUUGUACUUUUGAUGCACCGCAUUUAAUCAAAAACGUACGAAAUGUCUUUAUGAAAUAUGAUUUUCACUUCGGAAAUUCAAUAGCGAAAUACGAUCAUAUUAUACAGUUUUAUAAUCACGAUAAAGAAAAGAGUUUCAGGCUUGCACCUAAGCUUACCAACAGCCAUAUCAAACCCACAAACUAUGAAAAGAUGAAGGUUUGCUUUGCAACACAACUUUUUAGUAGGUCCGUUGCAAUAGGCAUGUGUACGUAUAUAGAUAAUAACGAGAUUGAAGAAUCUGGCAGCGACACGGCUAACUUUUUAUUGAUGAUGAAUGAUUUAUUCGAUUCUUUGAAUACAUCUAAUUUGAGACAUAGUUAUGAAUAUAAAAGAGCGUAUAGAGGUGAUGAAUCACAAAAGGCAUUUUUCAAAAACAUGAUAAGCUUUUUUCAAGAGUUAAAGUUAAUAAACCCAAAGAAUGGCCGUGACCACACAUCAAGUGUUAGAUUCAUUGAAGGUUUCCAAAUUACUAUCACAUCCUUAAUGCUCUUGUUUGAUGACUUGCGGGUUGAAGGAUAUAAUUUUCUUAUGACAAGAAGAUGUAAUCAAGACGCUCUUGAAAAUUUAUUCAGACAUAUACGAACAAAAAAUGGGAUGGCUCUAAAACCGACGUGUAGACAAUUUGCAUCGGCAUUUAAAAACUUAUUCUUCUGCAACAUCAUGAAACCCCCAAAAGGAGGAAAUUGUGCAGAGGAUUUCGGAAAACUUCUUGUUCAAACGACUUGUGAAGAAGUUAAUAGCUGUGUAAUACCUGUACCAACUAACGAAAUAUCAAAUAAAGAUAAUGAAGAAUUUCGCAGCGUCCAAAUUACUAGUUCUGAUUAUAAUCAGCUAGACAUGCCAGAAAAAAAUUCGCUUUUUUAUAUUUGUGGGUAUCUUCUUAAGCGUUGUUUGGAAAAACAUGAUGAUUGUCAGGCUUUGAAGUCGUACGUUAAGCCCCAUCAAAGAAGCCAUAAUUUCAGCGCAGAGACUCAGUGUUUAAGGUACUGGGCCUACAGUAAGAAUAAUUCACAAACUCUUUUAAUAGUACCUAGUGAUGAUUUCAUAGAAUAUGUAGAAAAAAUGGAAGAAAUAUUCCGAACGUCAUUUGAAACGAAACAUAUUAUCAAUUGUAAAGUAGCUGCAGAAUCUAACAAAUUCUUC